AGGGAAGAAGGAGGUGACGGACCUGCUCCUCGGGGACUCGGCUACAGCUUACUGCUAGGUGCUAUCAGCAGGGUCGGCUCACAAAACGGUCUUCGGCUGUAAAAUGCACAAUACGGCACCGAGCAGCGCCUCGUAGCUGCCACCCAACUCCGCGCGGAUCUCCACGGUCGCGGCUCCACUCUUUAGAAGAAUCUGGACUAACUGUGAGAGGGGAAAGGAUUCAUGGAGAUUCCGUGCAGCCUCAUCGCGCAAAACGCUUGGAUUAUCUGAUUUGGGACGGGGACUUGGACAUUUUAAAGUCGAGACGGUGCUCCUCUGUUGUGCCACCGCCGUGCCAUAGCCUACGACGUGUUGUUUUUGUUGUUUUUAGCUGGGACAGUAGUUUUCGGAGCUGCGGUCAUGGCGGACCAAGAGGAGACUUUUACCCUUCAAAACUCUCCCGGUGGUUCGGAUUCAAGGGAAUUACAGAGCGAUAAUAAAUCAGAGAAACAAAACGGGACCUCGAGCAAAUCCCCAUCAUCACAGACAACUUACAUUCAGCAGGGAAUGGAGGGGAUAAAAGUCUACCUGCACGAGAGGGAACUCUGGGCAAAGUUUCACGAGGUGGGGACAGAGAUGAUCAUCACCAAAGCCGGAAGGCGAAUGUUCCCCAGCUUCAAAGUGAAGGUCACGGGAUUAAACCCCAAAACUAAAUAUAUUCUCCUGAUGGAUGUUGUUCCUGCAGACGACCAUCGAUACAAGUUCGCCGAUAAUAAAUGGUCUGUGACCGGGAAGGCAGAGCCCGCCAUGCCCGGCAGGCUAUACGUUCACCCGGACUCUCCCGCCACUGGGGCGCACUGGAUGAGGCAGCUCGUGUCCUUCCAGAAGCUGAAACUGACCAACAACCACCUGGACCCGUUCGGACACAUCAUCCUAAAUUCGAUGCACAAGUAUCAACCGAGGAUCCACAUUGUAAAGGCAGAUGAAAAUAACGGCUUUGGCUCCAAAAACACGGCCUUCUGCACUCACGUCUUCCCCGAGACAGCCUUCAUUGCGGUUACGUCCUAUCAGAACCAUAAGAUAACCCAGCUGAAGAUUGAGAACAAUCCGUUUGCAAAAGGCUUUCGUGGGAGUGAUGACAUGGAACUGCACCGGAUGUCCAGAAUGCAAAGUACCAAGGAGUAUCCAGUCGUGCCUCGCAGUACAGUGCGCCAGAGAGUGGGCUCUAGCCACAGCCCGUUCAGUGGGGAGGUCCAGGGCAUGGCCACCCCGAGCACCCUGAGCUCCCAGUACUCCCAGUGUGAGAACGGUGUGACAAGCACCUCACAGGACAUGCUGCCUCAGUCAGGUUCUUACCCCCUGCCACAUGAGCACAGCCAGGAGUACCACUGCAUCAAGAGGAAAGUGGAAGAUGACUGUCACUCAGGUGAGCACACCUAUAAGAAGGCCUAUCUGGAGAGCUCGUCCAGCGAGGAGGACCAUUACUAUCGUCCUGUUGGCUACGCUCAGAGCCUCGGCCUGGCUGGCGGGCCCUACCGCAGCGAAUCCAGCCAGCGGCAGGCCUGUAUGUAUGCCAGCGCCUCGCAGGGUGCCGAACCUGUUCCUAGUUUGGAGGACAUCAGCUGCAACACCUGGGCCAGCGUUUCACCCUAUGGGAGUUGCUCCGUCACCACCAUGCAGCCAAUGGAGCGGCUGCCCUACCAGCACUUCUCUGCUCACUUCACCUCAGGGUCUCUGGUGUCCAGACUUGGCGGAGUUGGGGGCCACGCCUCUCCACAGCUGGGCGAUGGCCACCACGCUGCCAUGUACCAGAGCUCCAUGACCCACCAGACUCUGGGCCGCCAGUGCAGUCCUGGGGCUGGGAUCCAGUCACCAACAGCCGGCCUACAGGGAAACGAGUACCUCUAUACACACGGCAUACCACGUACACUAUCGCCACACCAGUACCACACUGUACAUAGUGUCAGCAUCAUGCCAGAGUGGAACGAGAACAGCUAAAAGAGCUUUUUUUCCACACUCAACAGAUAACAAUAUUAAAAGGAAAAAAACAAAAAAGGACCAAAUAAGGCAGGGUUUAGAUGAAUUUAUAUUUAUAUUUUUAGAAGAUGUGUUGCUGAUCAUCUUGAUGAGAUCAGUGUUGGUUCCCUGACAGCAGUGGAUAUUUGUAAGAUUAUGUUGAGUAGGAAACCAAGCAUCUUAUCACUUAAUUUUUUGUGACAGCAUCUGCACUUACAAGCAACUAACAUAAACACAAACAAAGAGGAGCUGGAUCGGAACGCACGCAAAGACUGUUCAAGUUCAGAAAGAGAGUGAACAGACCCUGAACAGACGAACAAAUGCUUCAGGUGCUUUGCCAGCAGUACCCAGAUGAAGGUGUUCUUGUGCGGAGGUGUUUUCUUUUUGGACCUUAAUGUUUCAGAGACAAGUUAAUAUGUUUUCAUCUUUUUUAACAAGUACAAAACUCUUGUUUUGUCUUAAUGUCCCGAAUUUCUGUUUAAAAAAAAGGACAUUUGUCUUCUCUCACAUUAUCCUGCAUUUUCUUGAAUGUUUUUGUAGUUAACAACUUACUUUGUAGUCAAAUUACUAUAAGUAAAAUAAAUGAAUAAGCAGAUGGGAGCUUUUGUUGUGGCUCUUUGGAGAAUUUGCUUGGUCUAAAAUCUGUCAGGAGGGCAAUUUUUCUAUUCCUGUUGCUGGGUAUAUUGACAUGCAUGUCAAAAAUGUAAUCUUAAUGCCAUUAUGAGAAACAUGACAAGUAAAAAUUGCAAGUAGGACAGCACUUCAAUUAAAUUGUUUAUUGAUGCACGGACAUUACAGGCAGACACCUUUCCUCGGCUAUACACGAUUAAGUGUAUGAAUGUAACCAAUGACGUAAACAUGAAAUUAAAGAAUACAGUAAUAAGUAAAUUUUUAACCUGGACCUUAUUUUCCCAGUUUCUGCCAUCAUGAUCCAUCAGCUACUUUAUACCUAUCAGUUUUCAGGGUGCACUGCACUCCAGUUUAUUCCAUUCAAGUUAUGACAACCUCACUCAAAGAACCAAUAAAUUGUUUCUUUUCAGCCCCAUAACACCCACAUUGUAAUUUGACCUGCCUACAUCCAGCUUACCAAGUUACGUAUAUGUGUAUUCACACAAGGACAAUAACAGCCAUUUACAAAAUUGAUGAAAAUGUUGCUGCCACUUAUUCUUGGUGAAUAUUAUAUAUAGUAAUAUGUAAUAUAAUAUAUGGUCAUCAUGUGACCAGAAACACCACACCAAAUUAAUGUAAAUGUUCCUCUGUGUCUACUGGAUGCGUAAUUAGGUGCUGGGAUGCUAACACAUUACAACUUUAUAAGGUGAUAAUAUGUCAGGGCUGUGGGUUUGUCACCUUGUUGUGGUGUUCUUCUGCCCCCAAGUGGCAAAAAAAAUACAUGAAUGCGGCUUUAAUUAUUGUAAUUAUUUAAUCACAGCUGUAUAAAGAUUAGCAGUUGGAGUGUGACUGUCAUUAAGUUGAAACAGCAUGUGUUGAUCACUGUUUCUGUUUGAUUUUGGUUUCACUGCAUAGUACUGAGAACAGUGCUACCUGAUGGGGAGGCAAUUAGCCAUUCAGUCAAGACACCGAUGGAAUUCAGGCCAGAAUAGCAGAUUUUUAGACAAUAAACU